AUGGAAAUGCGAGGACAAGAUGCAGAACUAUUGAAAGAAUAUUUCCUAACAAAGCAAGAAAGGGAUCCAUCAUUUAUGUUUGAAAUAGAUACAGAUGAUGAAUGUAUUAAAUUGAAGCGUUAUUUUUGGUCUGAUUCGGUUUGUAGAAGAGCUUAUGGAUGUUUUGGUGAUGUUGUGGUAUUUGAUACAACUUACAACACUAAUCAGUAUGGUAUGAUAUUUGCACCUUUGGUUGGGGUUAACAAUCAUGGUCAAACAGUGAUAUUUGCAUGUGCAUUCUUAAGCGAUGAAAGAACUGAAUUUUUUGUUUGGUUAUUUGAGCUAUUAAAGAAGAGCAUGCCUGCAAACACCCCAAAGAUGAUUAUCACCGAUCAAGAUCCUGCAAUGACAAAAGUUGUAGCUCAGAGCUUACCGAAUACAUCCCACAAGUAUUGGAUUUUUACAAGGAUCAAACACUGCAUUUGGGAAUCAGAAUGUCUGAAAAAGUUUGAAAGAAAAUCGGCUUCUAUCAUCGAAAAGGUGAACCUACAUGACAAUGAAUGGUUAAAGUCAAUAUUUGAACUACGUUCAAGAUGGGUGCCAGCAUAUGUUAAUCAUGUAUUCUCAGUUGGAAUGUCAAGUAGCCAAUGUGCAGAAAGCCCUCAUGCAUUUUUCAAGAUUUACUUUUUGAAGAAAAAUUUAUUAAUGGAUUUUAUACUUCGAUUUAAUAGGGCACUUGCACAUCAACGUCACGAAGACUUAAGUGCUGAUCAUAUUGAUAUUAAUGAGAAGCCUGUUUUGAAACUGCCAUUGGAAAUGGAGAAGCAAAUGGCUAAGAUAUACACAUGCAAGAUUUUUUAUAAGUUUCAAGAUGAGUUGUGGCAUAGCUUAGUAACAAUGCCACAAAUUGUUAGUGAAAAUGAUACACAUAAAAUGGAUACAGUCUAG